ACAAACCUUUUAUGGGCCCUACUCAGCUGAGAUAUCAGCAUCUGCAUUAUAGCUCCCAUCUAUUCUUAGGUGAUAUCCCAGCACGACUGAACAGUGCCUUGCUGGCUUGUGAGAGAGGUACAGAAUGGCUUACAACGUGACUCUGAAUGGACCUGGACCUUGGGGCUUCCGACUGCAAGGGGGCAAGGACUUCAACAUGCCCUUGACCAUCUCCAGAAUCACCCCUGGCAGCAAGGCAGCGCAAUCACAGAUGAAUCAAGGGGACCUUGUGGUAGCCAUUGAUGGAGUCAAUACUGACAGCAUGACUCACUUAGAGGCUCAGAACAAGAUCAAGUCAGCCAGCUACAACCUGAGCCUCACUCUCCAGAAAUCGAAACGUCCAGUGCCAGUUUCAACCACACCACCCAAAAUCGACUCACCCAGAGCUGUAAUUCCCCACCAGAAGGUUAUAACCAACACCACUUCCAAUACGGAUUUCACGGAGCGUUUCAACCCCAGUGUCCUGAAGGACUCUGCCCUAUCUACACACAAACCCAUUGAGGUGAAAGGCCUAGGAGGCAAGGCUACUAUAAUUCACGCCCAGUAUAACACCCCAAUCAGCAUGUAUUCCCAAGAUGCCAUCAUGGAUGCAAUUGCAGGCCAGGCACAAGCCCAAGGUGGAGAAUUUGCUGGUACACUUCCUAUUAAGGAUCCUCACGUAGACAGCGCAUCUCCAGUGUAUCAGGCUGUUCUCAAAACUCAGAACAAGCCUGAGGAUGAAACUGAAGACUGGAGUCGCCGUUCUGCCAACCUGCAGUCUAAGUCUUUUCGCAUCCUUGCCCAGAUGACUGGAACAGAGUUUAUGCAAGAUCCAGAUGAAGAAGCCCUGAGGAGAUCAAGGGAAAGGUUUGAAACGGAACGUAACAGCCCACGCUUUGCCAAAUUGCGCAACUGGCAUCACGGCCUGUCGGCGCAAAUCCUUAAUGUUAAAAGCUAAACGCCCACAUUCAGUGGGCAAAUAUGCGAGAGAGAAUUACAGUAAAGAAAUAACUGCUAUCCUGAGUUAGAUCUUAAGAGUGUAACACACGUACAGGAAAGAUGAUUGCGAGGUUUUUGUUUUUUCGGAGUGCCUGUCUUUGGUAGUUUUCUGUUGUUAGCCUGGAAUCCACUCACUGUCACCAAGAGCAAAAAUAAUCAUAUAGCCUUGUUCACGUUCUUUGGUACAAAGUAGAUUAGCUUUUGUCCUUUACGAUAUCAAAUGCAACUUCAAUAUGCAGAUAGAAGGCAAACAUCAUUGUUUUACUUUAUUGACUUAACUUACUGGAGAAACUGAAGGGAAAGUUAUUUGCAGUAUUUCUUUAGGAGGAAGACUUAGGUUUUAUUGACUUUUGUUGUAAAGAUGAUUAAAUACGAGAACAUAGGAUGAAAAGGAAAGUUGACUGAGCCUGGCCUAGUGAUUGCUAAAUGUACAACCUGCUUAGUUCACGCAGUCAAAAGAUGCUGUUUGAAACAAUACUUUAGCAAUAUCAUUUUUUUCUUCAGUAUAUUAUGCUAGUAACACUUAUUUGCUAAGACUGUUUGCUGUAGUAUUUGAAAUCUACAUUUGUCAUUAGAUGAAAGAUAGGAUGUGGCAGUUCAGGACUAUGAGGAAAUGACUUUUUGCUAGAGGUGUUUAGGGGUAAGAUGGUUAUAUAUAGUACUGCUGGUGCACUGAAGUUUUUAAAAGCAUCUUUGAAGUUCAAAGGAACACGUUGCCCAUUCUGUAUUGCUCUUGCUUUGACCCACAUUAUUUUUUCUGUAUAUAGCAGCAUGCUUUAUCUCAAAUAAAAGGAUUUAAAACUAAAAUAA